AUGGGUCAUAAAAAAUUUUUUCAUCGCCAGCAGCAAAGAGUCUCCAGGAACACCGACUACGAGGGGCUGGCCUAUUUGGGCGAGUACCCCCUGGCUUGGGCUGCCUGUUGCGCUAAUGAGAGUGUUUAUAAUCUUCUCCUGGAUUCUGGCGCUAAUCCUGAUGAUCAAGAUUCUUUUGGGAAUAUGAUUUUGCACAUGGUUGUCUUUCCAGCGAGUAAUGGAAUUGCUAACACAGCGGGAUUUACACCUCUGACACUGGCCUGUCAACUGGGAAGAGCUGAAGUAUUUCGUGAAAUGCUUGAGCUUUCGGCACGUGAAUUUUGGCGUUAUAGCAAUAUUACGUGCUCGGCGUAUCCACUAAAUGCACUGGACACGUUGUUACCUGAUGGCAGAACCAAUUGGAACUCGGCUCUGUUUAUUAUUUUGAACGGUACAAAAGCGGAGCACCUGGACAUGCUGGACGGCGGGAUAAUUCAGCGACUGCUCGAGGAAAAGUGGAAGACAUUUGCUCGCUUCCUGAAACGUCUAAUUAUUCUUGUAUUUCAUCUAACGUCUCUAUCCUUGGCCGUUUAUCUGCGUCCGGCAGAGAUCGAUGCUGACUUGAUGGGAUGGCCAGAAGAGUGGACGGAAAUAGGUCGAACUAUUGCCGAAUGCAUCACCGUCUUAGGUGUCUUGGGUUACAUUUUAUUCCAACUUGGUGGCGAGGUCGUAAACAUUGGCCUUAUAUCUUUCCUCAAGCAAUUGAGUCAUGAACCAGCAAAAUUUAUAUUCCUUUUAAGCAACAUAUUGAUCCUUGCUUGCAUUCCUUGCCGUCUGGCUGCGGAUCGUCAUCUAGAAGAUGCUAUUUUGGUGGUUGCUGUUCCGGGCUCGUGGUUCUUGCUGAUGUUCUUCGCUGGGGCCGUACGGCUAACUGGACCGUUCGUCACGAUGGUCUACAGCAUGAUAACAGGCGACAUGCUGACCUUUGGAAUAAUAUACAUGGUUGUGCUAUUUGGAUUUUCUCAAUCAUUUCAUUUUCUCUAUAAAGGAUUUCCGAGGGUCAGUUCCUCGCUUUUUCAAUCUUAUCACUCUACUUGGAUGGCCUUGUUUCAAAUUACACUCGGUGAUUACAGUUACUCGGAUUUAAGCGAUACAACCUACCCAAAUUUAAGCAAAACAGUAUUUGCUAUUUUUAUGGUCCUUGUACCAAUUUUAUUGCUCAACAUGUUAAUUGCUAUGAUGGGUAAUACAUACGCUCAUGUUAUUGAACAAAGUGAAAAGGAAUGGAUGAAACAGUGGGCAAAAAUAGUAGUAUCACUGGAGCGCGCAGUGUCGCAAAAAGACGCUCACAAUUAUUUGCAAGAAUACAGCAUAAAAUUAGGUCCCGGAGAUGACCCAAAUAAUCCAGCCUCCGAGCAGCGAGGUGUCAUGGUGAUUAAAAGUAAAUCUAAAACCCGUGCCAGACAGAGAAAAGGCGCACUGGCUAAUUGGAAGCGAGUAGGAAAAGUGACAAUAAACGCCCUCCGCAAGCGAGGAAUGACCGGGGAAGAAUUGAGGUGCAUAAUGUGGGGCCGGGCUUCGAUUUCUACCCCAGUCCGAGCCAGCCCGCACUUGAACGAGCGAGAAAUCUCGGGGUUGCCAGCAGCAUCAGUGAUGGGAGGAGCAUCGGUACCUCCGCAGCCGCUCGUACCGGCACCGACGUUACCACCGGGAUUCGGGGAUGCUCUCACAGCGGCUCUGGACGUGAUGGCCUUUGCCCAAGACAUUGACCCGAGUGGCGUAGCCGAAGGAAUAACAAACACCGGAUACUUAAUAUCGGACGGGCAUCAGUCAAAAGGUCUGCCAAUGACAAUCACUGAAUCCUCGAUAUCUCCAACAACUGUUAUUGAGAUGGGUAUAAAUAAAACUCCUGAUGCGAUAGACUGUCCUACGAGCUAUAGUGUGUUUCCGCCGGAGAUUAGAAAUCCCAUUAGUGGAGUUGCUCGGGUAGAUCAGAAUCGACUCAAUGGGCCACCACCUGAGGACAGCGCCAAGAGCGACCCGGAUCCUUUGCUGAAUCUGGUGAUUGCCUCGGAGAGCCCCGAGUCCCAGCACGAGGCUCUGCUCAGGAUGGCCGAGGAGGCGAGAAUUUCUAGCGAAGUUAAAGUUAAGCUCGAUGCCUCUGUUCUAGAGUCCUUUGGCCUGGGACUAGCUCCGGCCGAGGUCCUUGCUCAGGCGCCUGUUACUGAAAAGGACAAGCUCUUUGAAGAGUCCAGUGAUGAUAUUUGUGGAAGCAAUCUAUUGGGUACGGACUCAAGACUGAGGAGAAUAAAAUCAGCGAGCAUGAGAUACAAGAAAGAAACAAACUCAGUGGAUGAGAAUAAACAGAACGGCGUUGGUGUCAGGUUGUUUGAUUAUUAUUCUUCAUCAGAGGAAAAUCCCCCGAGUGGUGUUAUACUUACAAACGGUUGUGUAAACGAAUCUACUUCAAAGGUGAAAAAUACAACGGUGUCAUCUGCGUCGUCAUCGUCGGAUAUGAACCGAGAAAAUAAACCCGAGCGAGUGAAAUCAGACGUUAAAGACGCUCGUUGGGAAAAUGAGAAGCUUGAGACGGCUACCAGGGACGAAAAGAAUCACCCGCAAAACGUCAAUAAAAAUCACAAACGUCGUGCUAAAACUGCUAAAAACAGAGUAUCGCCGAAAGAAGUUAAUACCAGGGGAAGCUACGAUAGUCAGCAAAAAGAAACUACUUCAACUCCAGCCUCACCUACGGAUCCCCUUGAGCCGUGGAGCACUCGCGGGAUCAGCGACAUGAACACAUUAUUGGCUUGGCGAGAAAAUGGAAUGGAUAGUCCUUAA